AAAACUUGACGUUAUCGAGCAAGUUUCGGGUUUUGGUGACGACAUUACCGUAAUAUGAAAAGAAACCAAGCGAAAGGAAUUUUGAGUUGAAAAACUUCAACGAUUUGGGAUUCCAACAUAGGCGUAUGACGUCACGAGCCGAAAACAUGCGCUUCUUUUGACUUUGUAGGAAUUACGGUAGAUGCUAUUAUCCAAGCGAAUCAGCCCCGAGAGCACAAUGGAGACACCUUGCCAUCCUAAAAAAUAAACGGCUUUUGCCGUGCAGAGACAGUUGUCUGUGACUUUCCUUUGCCAUUACAGAGAACACACUUUUCUGAAGGCAGAAGGCUCACAACAAGAAAUAAGCUUUUGUGCUUUAGUUGUUGUCUUUGUUUUUUUUUUUGUUUUGUUUUUGCCAGCGAAGCAUCUGCUUGGGUUGCCGGUAGCCCGGUUAGCUAGCUAACAAGGGAGGCACCUGCUAGAGCACUGCUGCUUGAAUUGCUUGUGUUGUACUGUACCUACCUCAUCCAGAGAAGCAAGGGAAACGUUAUGGAGUUUCCUUUCAAUAUAAACCACUUGUUUUCUGAGAGGUUCUCCAUUUUGGACAAGACCCUUGUUGCGGGGCGUAUGUCUCCAAGAAGGCCAGAACUUCAAUCCCACAUAGCCACUGUGAUUGAUGAACUGGGGAGAGCCUCUGCAAAGGCCCAAAAGCUAACCACGCCCGUCACGAGCGCUACCAAGAUGCAGUCUCAGCAUCAUCAACUCUACCUGAUGAAGGAUGGAGAAAGCCAAGGAGGCCGUGGCGCAAUUGUGGGAUUUCUCAAGGUUGGCUACAAGAAGUUAUUUCUGCUCGACCCGCAAGGUUUGCACGUAGAGGCGGAGCCACUCUGUGUUUUGGACUUCUUCAUCACUGAGAAUUUGCAGAGACACGGACACGGACUGGAGCUGUUUCAUUUCAUGUUGCAGCACAAGAAGAUGGAGCCAGCGCUGAUGGCGUAUGACAGGCCCUCGCCCAAGUUGUUGUCUUUCCUGGCCAAGCAUUACCGCCUGACGCAAAGUGUUCCUCAGGUCAAUAACUUUGUGGUGUUCGAUGGCUUCUUCCACAACAAAUCAGUGGCCCAACCGAGAUCGAUUGCCCCGAAAAAGCCCGACGGCGAGAUCAAACCCUACUCCAUAGCGGAGAGAGAAGCGGUGCGUCAGGAGCGCCGGAGUCUCCCCUGGCCGUUUGCCGCGCCCCAAUCUCCCCAGCGCUCCCUCAGCGUGGGGUCCUCGCCCACCAGGGCCGUCGCGUCUGCGCCCGGGCUACGCGGGGACCAGAGCCCAAACUUUCCUCUCGGCCCAACAUCCCGGGAAAGACGCCCCAGCCAACAGGGUCAAGUUGCCAGAGACGGCCUGUACAGUCGCCACCUGGACCCCAAAUCUUUGGGAGCGCUGGGAAGACCCCUGCCAGGUGUGAGAUCGGCGCAAGACCAACCAGGCAUUUUGGGGGCGACGGAAACGCACAGGUUGGCAGCUAUGCCGAAACUACAAAGCAGGUGCGCGGCGUCUCCACGUCGACCCGCACCCGAGGACAAUGGCGUUUGCGGGCCGACAUCCCUCGGCAACAAAAAACUCCACCUCGGAACAGAGGCCGACGCGGAAGCGGGAUCUCCCACCGGUGCCGGGAGCAGGGCGACAGCCCCGUUGCAAACUCAGACACAUUCAGCGGAGGGCAGAGAGCGAGAAGGAAUCGAGAGCGCCCCUUCCCACACCGGAGCCAGUGGCCACUUUUCUGCCCAGCAGGUGAAACGGAUGCUGUCAAGCAGGGCCACGUGUCCGUGGUGAUGCCGGAAGCGGCAGGCAGGCUGGCUCGGGAAGUCCUGCAGCUCUUCUGGCAUUUCUGCACGCCGUUCAAGAAGCCAUCAACGUCAACAUCACUUCAGUCACUGUCGGACUCGGAUAAAAGUCGGGAAGCGAGAGUGCGGGCGCUUCUUUCCAAAUUCGGCCAGUUCAGUCUGCAGCCUAGAGAAUUCCCGAUCAACUCUUGUGUUUUUAUUUUUAUUUUUUUUUCCUGACUACAAGUCGCACUUUAUUUUACUUGGCUUUCUAGUUUGGCUGCGACUUGUCCAGAUGAAAAUUAGAACUCUGACCGGGGCCCAAAAGCCGCGUUCCCGGAUUCAAAACGCCCGGAAAACUUUUUUCUUGUUACUUGAAAAUGAAUUGCACCGGUAGAAUUGCGGUCGGCGAGUGUGGCUUUUGGUGCUAGAGUCCAAUCCUGGCGGUGGCAGCAGACUCGUGACAGAAUUGUCGUGACAAUUUUUUAUUUUUUUUGCCUUCUGUUGGUCAAUGGGAAAGAGAGAAUAUGCCAAUUGGUUGCCACGGAUCACUACUACCCGCUAAUUUCAGUGGCAAAGGGGUAUAUGAGUACAUUUAUUUAUUGAUAGUGAUUUAUAUCGAUAUAGAUUCGUGUCUGUUCCGAGAGAGAGAAAUUAAAUAAAGCCUACUGGGGGAGCAAAAGGAUGCGCUUUUCUUUUUCCAAAACGACAGCUAUUGCAUUUAGCAAGGUUAGGUUGUAUGCAUGUCUGCAUUCCCAUUUUGCAGCAUUCUUUGUCUGCACCUUAGACCCCCCACCACCCCAUCCCUUUUUUUUUGUUUCGCUUUCUCUCCAUGUUGCCAACUUGCCACUCCUUGAACACGCACUCUGGGAAACUCGCAGUGGCAGCGAUAACACACAGUGCGGGGGAGGGGAGGGUCCACUUUGUGUACUCGAUUGAAAAUGGAGACAACGAGGAAGUAUUUUGAGCAAGUGAGAACUGACUCUGACUGGCCAGCAGGUUGUCCAGGGACUGGGCCCAUCUUUCCAGUUCUUCUCGACUGAUGCCGUGCCUCUUACUGUGGCCCACCUGGCUCCACUGACGCAUGAAGAGCAGCCGUGACCUCCUCUCUUUGGCACUGUACACAGGCAAGACAACAGAGAUGACAACACACACACAGAGAGAGAGAGCGAGAGAGAAGAGGCGAGCGGCGUUCUGGACCCGUUUGCAGAGGAUUGAUUGGCUGACUCCAAAGUCAAAAGUGCAUGAAGGUAACCCAGCCCGGAUGUGGCCAAGGCACCAAGGACUAUUUCAAAGUGCUCGCGGGAGAAAGGAGAGAAGCUGGAUUGGACAACGGCACCACUCGGCCGCUCCAGUUUCAAAUCACUGUCCGCUUUAAGAGCCAAGUAUUGAAGAAAAACAUCCUUAUUCUUGAUUCAAAUCCUUCCGCCCUACUCUGAUGUAACACCACACAAAAUCUCAUGCAUAAAGUACCGAGCGCGUGUCGAA